GUCCGGUAGAGGCGUCUGUUCGGGCCAAAUGCAGCCCAUGUGUGUCCUCUCCUUGCCAGAACCAGGGUGUGUGUCAAGUCAACGAAACUGAGCUGUACACCUGCACCUGCAAAUCUGGCUUCACGGGUAAACACUGUGAGACCCCGGUGGACGCGUGUGUCAGUAACCCCUGCACCAACGCAGGACUCUGCAUCAGUGACGAACAAACCCGAGGCUUCAGCUGUGCGUGUGCCUUCGGUUUCCAUGGCACGUUCUGCGAGGUGAACGUGGACGACUGCGAGGACCACGGCUGCGAGAGCGACGCCACCUGUGUGGACGGAGUCGGAAACUACACCUGCGUGUGUCCGCCAAACUACACCGGUCUGUUUUGUGAGGAACUGGAGGACGUUUGUUCUCCAGGUAGAAACCCCUGUCAGCAUCAGUCCACCUGCGUCAGCACUCUGACCGGCACCAGGUGUGUGUGUAUUCCAGGCUGGGUGGGGCCAAACUGCAGUAUAGAUUAUAAUGAGUGUGUGGACCAUCGCUGUCAGAACGGCGCUCAGUGUGUGGACCAUCUGGACGGAUACAGCUGCGUCUGCCCGCAGGGAUUCAGUGGAGAGUUCUGUGAGGCUCUUCCCCCCCCGUCGCUCUGCCAGCUGUCGACGUGUCAGAACGGCGCCCCCUGUGUGCAGGAGGCGGGCGUCGCGGUGUGCGAGUGUCUGCCGGGCUUCGAGGGGGAUCGCUGCCAGAAACUGGUCAGCGUGAACUUCGUGGAUCGAGAUUCAUACGUUCAGCUGCAGGACGUCAAGAACUGGCCUCAAGCCAACAUCACGCUGCAG